CUCAAAGUCUGCAUCCGUUCUACAACAUCACAUAAUGGAAUUCUCAUAAGCAUCCUGGUUUUGGUAUUUGGUGAACUGCGGUAGUCUUGGUCGGAGUGAUUGACUCCAGUCAUUGGCCUCUCAGAAAGUGAAGCAAGUAGCUACAGGCCGCAUCACACCAUCUUCAAAAUAUUUUCCCACUUGCUGCGAGCUCACUGAAGUGCAGAGCGCCAUUGCAUCUGGUCUUGUUGACUGACACGGCAGGUCUUGGAACGCAGUUUGUGUUGUGAAUGACAGCAGUCAUCAAAGCACAGGGAUCAGCCAUGAGGUAGCAUGAAGGGCGUGGGCGAUUUCCUACGAAAUGUGGUACAGCGAAAGGAGGGUGGCCUGGUGGGUCGCACCUUCAAAGUGGGCGCAUACACCAUAAGGGUGGAAGCCCACCUGGGAGAUGGUGGAUUUGCAUCUAUCUACAGGGCCCGAGACACCUCCACGAUGACUGCCUUUGCGCUGAAGCAUGUGCGCAUGGGAGGCGAACCUGAUGCCGUCGCAGAUUGCCACACCGAGGUGGAAACAAUGCAGCGUCUGAGGGACCAUCCUAACAUCCUGACACUGAGGGCAGUGGCCUACGUGGGGCCCAAGGGCGCAGAGCAGGAGGCGUUCCUGCUGCUGGACCUGUGCAAGGAGAGCCUUGUGGACCACCUGCGCGCUGCUGCAGGCCCCCUGCCUGAUGCAGACGUGCUCACCAUCUUCCACUCUGUUUGCAAGGCUGUGGCCAUCAUGCACCACCAGAGCCCGCCGCUCUCACACAGGGACUUGAAAGCAGAGAAUGUGCUGUUGCACAACAACGGGACAUGGGUGUUGUGCGACUUUGGAAGCACCACCAGCUGGGCUGGACGCUAUGAGGGAUCCAAUGAGAUCAUGGUGGCUGAGGAAAACAUCCGAAAAUACACAACACCAGCUUACAGGGCGCCAGAGAUGUUUGAUCUCUACUCACGGGAGCGCAUUGAUGUCAAAGCAGACAUGUGGUCUCUGGGCGUCCUUCUUUCGUACAUCUGCACCGGGCAGCUGCCCUUCGUUGGAGACUGCAAGCUCCAGGUGCUGAAUGGGGACUACAAUCUGCCUACUGGCCGGCCUGAGCCCUUCUUGGCCCUCAUACGCGGGCUGCUGCGCGUGUCGCCAUCGCAGCGGCUCAGCAUAGAUGCGGUGCUCCAGCAGCUGGAGCGCCUGGCAUCCAAGCUGCCAGCAUUGUCCCUGCCCUCCAGCGCGCCGUCAGUUUCCAAUGGCGCCAGCAGCAUCGAGAACGGCGCAAAGACACUGAAGAUAACCCCGCGGCCUGCCCCCAGGGCCGCAGGGCCCAACAGAGAAGUGGGAGGCAGUGGGCGAACAGCAGCGCAGGGUGCAGGGGGCAGCAACGGCGGCUGGGAUGCCGGAGGAUGGGACCUGGGCAGUUGGGAGCAGCCGCCCGGCAGCUCUGCUGCACCUGCCGCUGCUGUGUCAAUACAGGAGAGCCUGUCGAACCUGUCGAACCUGAGUCCGAGGCGGGAGCCAACGCCUGUCCCAGAAGCGGGCAGGAAAGAGCAGCUCCUCAUGCCCAGCACCAGCAUCGCAAGGCUGCCGGAUCCCACCAAGCUGCCCACUCCAAAACAGCCCGGUGUUGGCUCGCCGGCGCCAAAGCUGCAGCUGUCCUCGCCGACGGUGCCGCUGCGGCAGAGCAGCUCGCUCAAGGCGCUGGGGGCGCGGGGAGGCCUGGAUCUCAUGGACGCCCCCGCACAGCUGCACAGCCGCAGCCUCGACCGGGGCACCUCUGCGGCCAGCAGCGACGCCGGCGACGAGCGGCGUGACUCGGGCGGCUCCACCGGCGCGGCCGCUUCGGCGCUGCGGCAGCAGCUGACGGAACUGGCGGAAGCCAAUCAGAAGCUGACGGCAGCCAUCCAGGAGAAGGACUCUCUCAUUGAGCAACUGCAGGCGCGCCCCUUGCACCUCUGGAGACCUGCAGAAAUAGAUCGCUCAAAGCCGUCCAGGCAGGCACCAGCAGCAGAGUCACAGCGCGUCAGCAGCAGGAACAACAGCCAUGGCGGCUCAGCGGAUGGCGGCUGGGUGGCAUCUUUUGGUUCGUCGCGAGAUGGCUUGCGGCCUCAGACCAGCAAUCUUGCAGAGCCACUGCACCCCGGCAGCGGGACCACAUCUCCCCAGGCCUCCCUGCGCUCCACUGUCUCCUCCUGGGGGAAGGAAGGGGCUGCAGAGCCCGGCACGCUGUCACCAGACCACCCGCUGAAGAGCCUGGAGCAGUCCCUGAGCCAGCUGGACCCCUUCACACAUGCGGCCAAGCCCCUCACAGCAGCUCCUGUGGAGCCGGCGGUUGCAGCUCCCCAGCUCAAAAAGGGGCCGUCGCGCCUGGGCAUGAAGCUGCGCGGCAACUCCUUCGAGGCCUUUGAGGACGUGGCCGUGCCCAGCGAUGCCGGUCACCUCAACGCUCCCGACAGCGCCACUGCAGCCUCCGCUGCAGAGCAGGGCGGCGAGGGCGCCAUGGGCAAGAGCAAGGGCAAAGGGCCCCGCCACAGGCGGACCACCAGGCAAGCAGAUCCUAUUUUGUGGAUAUAA